AUGGCUUCUACGCGUAUUCUUCUUAUUCGUCUCCUCCUUUGCGUGUCUGUGAUCCAAUUUGCGUCUGCGUUUUCUUCUUCUUCUUCUUCUUCUUCAUCCCCUUUGUGCCUUCUCCAGCCACCAUCGUUUCGCUACAAUCUCCAAUCGCAGUGCCCAAUCUUGAUCCCGUCGAAUCCGCCUCUCCAGGUGGAUGGAAAUUAUUUAGAUGAAGUUCUGUCUGGCAGAAAGAGGAAUGAGUAUAUCUCUAUACUCUUCUAUGCUUCCUGGUGCCCUUUUUCUCAAAAAAUGCUUCCUCAAUUUGAAAUUCUCAGUUCCAUGUUUCCUCAAAUAGAACAUUUGGUUCUCGAGCAAUCAUCAGCUUUGCCAAGCUUGUUUUCAAGAUAUGGAAUCCACAAUUUGCCUGCAAUAUUACUAGUGAACCAGACAUCAAUGUUGAGAUAUCAUGGUCCGAACAAUCAUCUCCUUUCCAUUUCAGAAUAUUACGAAAGAAACACGGGGUUUGCAGCAAGUAUUAAUGUUGUUGAUCAACCUAGCAGCGUGAUGAGUGAUGAAAAUUCAACUGGAAACCUUUUUGGUUUGUCUCUGAAAGAAACAUGGAGCAGGGACCCCUACUUGUUAUUCUCUGUAUUGUUUCUUUGUUUGAGGUUACUCCUCUUUACAUUCCCCAAGAUUGUCUUACGUCUCCGAGCAUUCUGGGUUUCAUGCAUUCCUCAUCUGAACCUGCAAAUAUUUGGCGAGACGAGCCAAGUGAUGGGACGUGUGCUCCAGAUGAUCGAUGUCAGGAGGAUUUGGAACAAGUUAAGACUGUGCAAGACAAGGACUUUUCAUGGAAGGGCAAUGAGUGUCCGCGUUUGGGCUUCAUCUCUGGCUUCUGUUUCCCUUGGUGAGUCAUCAUCAGCCAGGUCAUCCACACAAGGUUUGAACUAA